AUGGCGAUUCUAGAGGCGAUUGGAAAACGGUUACAAUUCAUGCAAUGGCUCACCACGAUCAUGUUGGUUGAGCAUGAUUCUGAUGGCGAUGAGUGGCACAACAACCCAUGUUCUACCCACACGAUGCCCUGUUUCCCCAUGUUCAGAAUAACUUCUCAACAUGAUGACGUAUUAAGUAAGAGAUUUAGUAGAAGUGCCUAUAAAAGAGAAUGGAACUUCUAUCUUCUUCGUACUAUUGAUGAAUUCCUUUCAGAAUAUCUACAUUAUCUUUUCAAGCAAAAUACGCAAAACACGAUGACAGACAAUCUCAGACGUGCCAUGCAAGACAUCGACUUAGGAAGUGAGGACGCUCCCUUUGUUCUUCCCCCUGAAGUGGUGAGACAAGCAGCGGCAGAGAACCGUUUCAUCCUUAUUGGACGUCCCUCUAUGCCUCGUCGACAAAAUUUGCGCAACCUUGUUGCCACCAUGCCUCGGGUUUGGGGAUUGGAAGGACUUGCUCGUGGUCGUGUUAUAGAGGGGAGAAGAUUCCAAUUUUUUUUCCCUUCUGAGGAAGCGAUGGAUACGGUGGUUCGACGUGGGCCUUGGGCGUAUGCAGACAGGAUGAUUGUCCUUCAACGGUGGACACCUCUGAUGGACAUGGCGUUGCUCAAUUUUAUCCCGUUCUGGAUCCAAGUGAGGGGUAUUCCGCUCCAGUACAUGAACCGGGAAGUGAUUCUGCAUAUUGCUCGUGCUAUGGGUCAUCAAUAUAUCCAGAUGGAGUAUAAUGAAGAAACAGGAGGACAGAUGGAGUUUGUGCGGUUUCGUCUUAACUGGGACAUCACACAACCACUCAAGUUUCAGAGAAACUUCCAGUUUACUCCUGGUAUCAAUACUCUCCUUCGUUUUCAGUAUGAGCGAUUGAGAGGUUUCUGUGAAGUUUGCGGUCUUAUCACACAUGAUUCGGGUCGCUGCUUAAAUCAGAAUGGAGGACCUGAGGAAGGGCCAGACGAUGGAGAUGAUGGAGCAGAUGAUCAUAUGAAUGAGGCUGAACAUCAGGGCAACCCUGGAGUACAUAUUGAAGAAAUCAACGAGGAGGAGGCGAACGAGGGAGAUCAAGAUCAUUUACGUGAAGUACAAGAAGAGCACCAGCCUGCUGAGAUUCAAAGGCCUGAAGAUGAAGUGACUGAAGAAGUAAUGAGUCCAGAAGAAGAGCCACAUGAUGAUGAUUGGCUGUGGGCUGGUGUAGCUAUGCCUAACAUGUAUUCCGACGAUAUCAACUCAGGAGAAAUGUUCUCUAUAUCUCCGUUUGCAGAAUGCUCUGAUGGUCGUGCUUCUCUGAAGAGAAAGACAUGGUUGGAAUAA